AUGGCGACGCGCAGCGACGCGCCCGAAGUGCGCGAGUCCAUCGAGGCCAAGGUCACCAAAGAUGUCGAAAUGGCCGACGCACCCGACGCCAGCACCGCCGAAGCCAAGCAACCCGAACCGACUGUCUCUGCGAAACCGGCUGAAUCCGACAAAAUGGAUAUUGACGCUGGUGCGAAUGCCGACGCCGACGCCGAUGCCGACGCAGACGCGGACGGUGAAGCGGAUGCAGAUGGCGACAUUGACGUAGAUGCAGACGCAGACGCAGACGCAGACGCGGAUGGUGAAGUUGACGCAGACGCUGAUGCAGAUGGAGAUCCAGAUGAUGGCGUCGCAUCCCCCGUGGAAUCCGAGCCUGGCGACCUUUUGGAUGUCAUCCAAACAAUCAGCUCAACCGUGAGCAACUACAAGGAUGAAGACGGUGAAUGGUGGGCGGCUAGUUUCCAGCGCAUCCCGAACAAACGUCAACUGCCAGAUUACUUCGAGAUUAUCGAGAACCCCAUCGCCUUCAGCACCAUUCGCCACAAGAUCCAAAAGAAGUUGUACACAGAUUUCCCCGAGUUUGUUCGCGAUCUUGCACAGAUUUGUCACAAUGCGCAGGUGUAUAAUCGGCCUUCCUCGGCCAUCUUUAAGAGUGCCACCGUCAUCCGAGAUCUUUUCAAGAAGGAGCUGCAGAAACUCGUUGCCAAAGGCACGAUCAAGUCUGAAGAGGCAGAGCUUCCCGAUUUGGGCGAGCUCCCGCCCGCAGAAGACUCGUCGCCAGAGGCCGAAUCCGAAGAGGACGAAGGAGAGGAGGAGGAGGAGGAGGAGGAAGAGGAAGAGGAGGAAGACGACGAGUCCGACGAUGACGGAAAACGCCGACGAAGCAGGAGGCGUGGCCGAACUUCGCUCACCAAGCGCCAGCUUGAGGAGGCCCGGGAGGAAGACGAACAUAAGAAGCGCGGCCGCCCUCCCAAAGUCUUGACACCGCUCGAGGCGCGUAUUCACAACGUCAUCAAGGGCCUGCGCAAGUUCCAGUCAGACGACGGUGACUUGCUCAUUGGUCCCUUUGAGAAGUUGCCCGAUAAGCUUGCGAACCCGGACUAUUACCAAGUCAUCACCAACCCUAUUGCGCUCGACAACAUCAAGAGAAAUGCUAAGAGGAAGAAAUACUCGACUGUCGAUGAUGCGCUCAAGGAUAUCGAUCUCAUGUUCAACAAUGCAAAGGAGUAUAACGAGGAAGCCAGUGACAUUUACGAAGCCGCUGUCGAGCUGCAGAGGCAAGCACGUGAGCUGGUCGCGCAGGAAAAGUCGAGGCCAGACGAUGAAUUCCGUGACGAGGAUGGCAAACUGCCACUGUCGGAAAUUCAGCACAACGGCCAAGCAUGGCGAGUCGGCGACUGGGUGCAUAUUCGUAAUGUCAACGACAUGGCCAAACCCAUUGUCGCGCAAAUAUUCCGAACGUGGCAAGACCGAGCUGGACAGCGAUGGAUCAACGCUUGCUGGUACUACCGUCCCGAGCAGACGGUGCACAGGUUCGAGAAGCACUUUUUCGAGAACGAGGUGGCAAAGACGGGCCAGUAUCGCGACCACCAGAUCGAAGAGGUGCUCGACCGAUGCUUCGUCAUGUUCGUUACGCGGUUCAAUAAAGGACGGCCGCGUACUCUGCCGGCGGAUAAGGAGGUGUACGUGUGCGAGUCUCGGUACAACGAGGCGACUUGUAAAUUCAACAAGAUCAAGACGUGGACGAGCUGCGUGCCUGACGAAGUCCGGGAGAAGGAUUACGAGAUGAAGCUGUUUGAUCAGCCGCGACGGCUCAAGAAGGUGCCCAGCCCGAUCAAACACCUGUUGCAGGCGGAUGCGAAGGAAACGGAUGAGCUCCCGAAACCGACCUGGGGGGCAGCAAACGCACCGCCCAUUAUUGGUGCCGUGCAUCGGCGCCCUCGAGAAUCAAACGAGUCUCCUCCACCUGAGCCCACGCCUUCUCCGCCGCCCAUGAGCCAAGAGCCUGCGCGACGGCCUUCAGUUCUCCAGGCGAUGCGCCAGACGCCGAGCGACAUGUCGAUGGGUAAUCCUCCCACGCCUUAUGGGCACGGAAUGGGAGCUGCGCCGUCUCCGUCGCCAGCAAUGUAUGCUCAGCAGUACACGCCUCAGCAUGCUUCGGCAUCGCCGGUCGCGGUGAACCAUCAAACGCCGGUGCCUCUACCCCAACUUCCUCACCAGGCGUCUCACUCUCCGCAGCAGCCCAUCCGCCCCAUGUACCAGCAGCAGGGAUUUGCGCCAAGCCCGUUCCAGCACCAGCAGCACCCACAGCACCAGCAGCAGCAGCAACAGCACCAUCCCCACCACGCACCACAGCACAUGCACCCUCAGCAGCAGCACCACCAAGGCCCGCCCCCUCCAGCACCUCAGUUCCAGCAGCACCACCUCCCGCCGCACCAACAGCAACAGCACCAGCACCAUCAGGCCCAAGCGCCGCCGGUCCCACAGCAGCACCACCACCAGCAACAGCACGGUCACCACCAAAUGCAUCCACAAAUGAUGCCAGCAAAUCCCAUGGGCGGCCCGACCUACAACCAUCAUCAAAUGCAGCCUCAUCCCGCUGCAGCCCGCACCCCCAUGGCCAACACGCCCAAUGCCAUGCAGCCCGCCAAUGCCUACAACCCUCCUAGGCCUCCCGAGGUUUUUACCCUGGCCGAAUCCCUCAACGACCAGAUCCCCGAAGAGGUGCGCAGCCAGUACAACAGGGACGAGAACGGCAGAAUCUUUUUCUACUCCACACCGCCCAUCGCCCGCCCCGAACACGGCCUCGCCCCAGACAAUGCCAACUCGGGCCACAGCCUCGCCUACCUUGCUAAGAGCAACCCGCAAUGGCUGGCCGAACGCGCCUCCCGCGCAAAGCCCUUUGCCGUCGCCAAGCAGAAGGAGUUGAAGGUCAAGAUGGCCCUCGACAAGGUCACCGAACCCGCCAAGGGCAAGACGGGUGAUGAGCUUCGCGACUGGGCCGCCGACUCCCUGGUCCGCUACGUCGAGGCGCACGCCCAGGAGACGUCGCGCAUGCGCCAAGAGGGCGAUCUGGACGGUCACGACCGCCUCAUGAAGGAGCAGCGCGCCGCGCGCCGCAAGAAGACGAGAAAGGAGCUGGAAGAGGAGGAGGAGCGAGCCGACGAGGCGAAGCGUGCCAAUUACCUCGAGGACAUUUACUUUGUCCACUCCAGUCUGCGCACGCCCAAGCCUGCUCACUGA